AUUUUGGUAUUUUUUAUGUAUUUUUCAAAAGUUGGGAACCGCAGAUCAGAUAUAGGCAAAGACGCACAUAAAAGUAGUUUGCCUUAUAUAUUAUUGGAGGAACAGGAACAUUAUAUUGUUUGUGACAUGAGUCGUUCACCACCCCCACCUGCAGGAAGGCCAUGGUAUACUUCCCAACCAAACCACAGUGGAGGAGCUCCAGCAAUACAAAGUAGUACUGAGCGAAGAUCACCAGUCCCAGAUCGAGGUCCUCCACCUCCGGAUUGGUACAGGUGGCAGGAAUAUUACCGAGGAAGAAGUCCUCCACGAAACAUCCCCCCACGAAGUCAUUCCCCAAACCGUGCUCCAAGCCCCGACCACAAACGAUCAAAUAGCCCCCGUAACGAUCGCUCUACAAACCAAAGAGUACCAAGUCCAAGACAGGAACGACCAGCCAGCCCGAGGGAAAGAAUGCCCCCAAGACCCCCAAGCCCUCGAAGAGAAAGACCCCCAAGUCCUCGAAGAGAAAGACCCCCAAGCCCUCGAAGAGAAAGACCCCCAAGCCCUCGAAGAGAAAGACCCCCAAGCCCUCGAAGAGAAAGACCCCCAAGUCCUCGCAGAGAGAGACCACGAAGUCCUCCAGACUGGAGACGAAGAUCACCAGGUCCGUAUUACAGAGGACCCCCUUCCGAUUGGCGCAGAAGUCCACCUCAUUGGGCCCGAAGAAGUCCUCCCCGAUAUGGUCCUCCAAGAGGUCGAAGUCCUCCUCGUGGUCACUGGGGUCCACCUCCUCCAGAAUGGGAUCGUUACAGAGGACCACCCCCACCUGAUCGUCGUUCACCGCCUCGUUGGGCUCCUUCAUCUCAUAGUUAUGAUAAAAGGUGGCCGCCUCCACCUGCACCAGCUCCCCCUAAACCGGAUGCACCUGCACCACCAACACAAGUCCCUGCCCCAGCAACAACAACAGUAUCACCAGUUCCAUCGCCUCAAGUUGAUGCAAAUAAACCAGAAGCAACUAACAAGGCAGAAGAAACUCUGGUCCCACCAGGUGAAGAAAAAGAGGAAGUUAUUGAAAAUUUUGACCUUCCUGAAUAUGAUGCUGAAGUACCUUUAGGUCAAAAAUAUGUGAUCCCAGUUUCUGGAUUCUUUUGCAAAAUCUGCCACAAGUUUUACAAUACAGAAUCCAGUGCAAAGAUCACACAUUGCAAAUCGAAAACUCACUAUGAUAAAUUUGCUAAAUGGCUAUCUGAAAAGAAAGUAGCUUCAAUAACCCAGAAGCGAUCUGCCAGUGUUUCCAACACCAAUUCUAAUGAUGGUGAGCCACCGAACAAACAAGUUAAAGUGGAAAUAAAAAUGGAACCACAGCAAGAUGAAGCAAAAUACGAUCCUACCAACCCAACAGCUGUUGAACCAGCGGAGCAAAAAGAGGAAAUAAAAUCCUUGAUAUCAUCGGUUGCACCUGGUCAGAUCAGAGUUACAGUGACCAACACACAAGUGAAUACUCAGAAUGAAAAUGAUUCCGACACCAAAGAAGUAGAUAUGGAUGAAGGGGAGCAAGACGAGGAUUCUACAAUGAAUGAAUCCUCUGUAGCAUUAUUAGAUAGCACGCCACUGGUUGAUGAGAAUUCCACCCCUGUGUUAGAUGAUAAUGGUGAAAAUGGAAGUAUCAACCAGUCAAGUGACUAUGAUGCUGAAACUGAUCAACUAAUCACAAAUGAUGUUAAAAAGGAUAAUUCAGUAGACUGCAUGGAAGCCACUCUUUACAAUCUACGUAAGCUGAAAGUGGCGCAGUUGAAAUCAAAUCUUGAAAAACGUGGAAUUAAAUCAACUGGUUUAAAAACUUUGCUCAUAAAACGCCUGGAGAAGGUUCUGUUGGAGGAGGCAGCUGCCUCAGAGAAUGAAGAGAAUAACAAAGAGGAGGAGGAAAAUGAUGAGAUAGGUGGUGGUGGUGAAAAUGAAGAUGAAAUUGUGGAAAAUGAAGCUGAGGAAAGCCGAGACCAAAUAUUGACUUUAAAGAUGAUCGAAUCUGAUGUGGAAGCCUCGAAUAAGAAAGAGCAUUGGAUCACUGAGCGAGAGUUGGAAAGAGAAUUAUUAGCGUUGGAAGGCGUAAAACAAGUAAACAAACUUACAUUUGAAAAAUACAAAGUCGGAAAAAAGACGGUUGUCGAGUGGACUAUCAGUGUAAACUUUGAUGGGGAAAUGUCGGAAGAUGGUUUAUUCUUUUUCAUGCCGUCUCAUCAACAACUGUCUUACAAAGCAACAUUGGAAAAUGAGGCGUGACUUGGUGGUUUACAAAUUCAAUGAAAUACAAUUGUUGUUGGGUUUUGUAAUCAUUGUUAAAACUUUUGAGUCACUAUACAUAAAUGAACACCCAGCGGUUGGGGCUUUUAGUUUGUUUUAGAUGUAGUAUUUUCCACUGCACUAAAAUACUUACUUGCCAAUGUUGUAAGUUAGUUUAAAUAUCAAUGAAUUUUUUUAUGCUCUCUAACACCUAAUUUGAGUAAUGAAGUUUUGUUGCUGUAAUUAUUGAACACGAAAUAAUAAAAUUGCGUAAUCACAAUACUUA